AUGACCGUUACCACGGAACCAGUCUCUGACCAAAAGGCCGAAGAUGUAGCACAAGCUAAUCAUCUAUCAAAAGAGGAUCAUAAAAGCAAAGCUUCCCAAGGCAAGGUUUCCCUGGAUUCUGAACAUUGGCGUUCCGAAUUUUUGACCAAGAAUCGUGCUGUGCUGGAGUCUAUCAAGUUUCGCGGCGAACUGAUGCGUCAGUUUGAGGACGAGUGCAAGCAGGAAGCCAUCGAUCAACAAGAUCAGGACGAAGAUCUUGAACUGCUGCCGUCAACCAAACACAUUCGGAUGGAGGCAGAAAGGUUGCUGGAGGAGUUCGCUAAGAACCCUGUACCAGACCUUGCAGACUUGUGCGCAGCGCGCGACCAAGAAGGACGUCUUCCAAGGAAGAUAUAG